AUGUUGCCAGAUGAAAUGCAACCUCCAAAAACCAGAUUCAACUCUCGAGACAGAUUGAAAGAGACACAUUCAAUUUUCUCGCCACGACUUAAAAGUUUUCCUGCAGAAAAGAUCAAGAAAUUGGACAAUCAGCCAAUGUUUUCACCCGAACUAAACGAUGCUUUAAUUGUACAACAAGAUAAUCAGCAAACUGGCACUUUCUUCGCAAACUCCUCUAUUAAAAGUAAUAACGGUCAUGGUGAUGUGAUACCUGCUAUAUUAUCGUCAUAUCAACAAUCAAAAAGCAUAUCCGACACAGACCAACAACAGAUUAUAGCUAAUCAUCAGCAGAUCUGUCAAUCGAGUACACACUCUGAAAAUUUGCUUAAUCGACCCAUUGUGUCUCCCGAAAAACCUUUCGUAUCAAACAUGCUUCAAGGAACAGUCGUUUGCAAUAGAUCGCUUCAAAAUCCGUCCGCGAUUAUUAACCAGCCGAUUAUUGAUCAAAAUCACAAUGAAACUUCUGCUCUUGUUAAUGGAUGCGAAAAGCAACCGAGCGAUGGCCGAAACGCAGUUAAUCAGAAACAAAUUUUUAUACAACCGAAGCAAGCAGCGAUCAUACGGAACGCAAAUGCAUCGCUAAGUGAUCGAUGUGUCAAUAACUAUCAAAAUGUUUAUCAUUUUCAAUCGCAUAAUCCUUCAGUUCAUCAAAAUUCUCAACAAAUAAAUGAACAAACGCAGCACAACGUGUAUCAUCAGCAAAUGUUGCCGCAAGGGCUCAAUCAAAUGCAAUCACCAAUGUUCGAUCAGCGACAACAUCUACAUAAUAAUUCGGGAGCAUUCUAUGGUCAUUACAAUCAACAACAAUUAUCUGCUACGCAAGUUUCUGGACAUGGAAUGACUUCGCCACAAGACAUGACAGUAAAUCAGAUGAGAUCGAUACAACAUAAUUUGCCUAUUCAUAAUCAGAAUCGUGGAUAUUCUAUCAAUCCUCAAUCACACACAGCAUGGCCGCAAAAUGAUCGAUGGAUACAAACGGCAAAUUUGCAUCAACAAUUCCCGCAACAGUGGCAAUAUUAUCAUCAAGAUACUAAUUUCAAUGAAAAAGAUUCUAGAAGCCAAGAUCAAUCUAAUUCAUUACAAAAUUAUAAAUCUAAUCAACAAUCGGUUGCGGAAAUUCAUACGCAUCAAAAUAGGAAAAAGAAACUGCAAUUCACACCUAAUAUGAUACGCGAUCAGGAGCUGUUAGUUUCUACUAUGAGGCAACAAGGUGUACCUGAGGAAAUAAUGCGCCGUCAGUUUGAUGCAUUACUGAACGAACAACAAAAGCAUCUGGUUUAUCUCAUGCAAUUACAACAACAAGAAGAUAUUCCGGAUAUAAAAAAAAUUCGACUUGCACAAAGAAGAAUAGAGAGAGAAGAAAAACCGGAAUGGAUGAUACACAUCACUCCAUCACGGAUAUCCUAUAAUGAGAUUGAAAGAAUAAAGGCACAGCAAAGAGGUCAAAAGAAACAAUAUCGAACGGACAGUCUGUUGCCGGAAGAAAUUAAUAAGACAGUGACUGCUCGACAACAAGAUUAUUGUCAACAGAAAAAGCAAGAAAUAAACAAUCAAGUUAUUCUACCUCAACAAAUGUACGUUCAAAUGAAUCCUCAAUUAUGGCAGCGACAAAUGAUCUGGCCACAUAAAAAUAACCAUCAGACUUCGUGCAAUAAUUAUGCAGCUUGUUAUCCUUAUCAUCAACAAAAUACAUUAAAUAAUAUAAAUCAUCAGACAAAUCCGACUUUUAACAAAUACGUACCAUACAAUAUAUGUUAUAAUCCAUAUUAUUCGAAUUCUGAGCAACAAAAAAUUUCGCAAAAUAAAGAACAUAAUCCAAGUUCAUCGAAUUCAAUUGACAAUCAGAGAUUAUCAAUGGAUUUUGCAAAUUUCGAGCAGAGUAAAAGACCUGCCGAACCUUCUAGCUUGCUAAAGAUGCGAAUGUACAAAGAAAUAAUUCGUCCUCAGAAGCGCAAUAACGGUUUGCAGGAUCCAAACACCGUACAAAAAGUACUGGAAACACUGAAAAAUCCGUCAAGUAGAAAAGGUCUCGAAUAUCUGGCCAAUAUUAUCAAGAAAAAACCUGUUAUUAGACUAAACGGUGUCCAAGAUUCUAACGAGAUUCCGGAAGAUAUGCAACCGCGACCACCCGUAGAAAUGUCUUCACAACCUCAAAAAAAAAUCUCGGUAAACGGUUUGGAGAACACAAGGAAUCCUAAUAAUCCUACGCCAUGUAUCCUGCGACCUAAGAGAGCCGAUGAGCCCGCUAUGAUGGAAUAUCCGCGACAGAGACAGAAUGCAAGAAUUUACAGCAUGCAAGCCGAAAAGGAAAACGGCACGGUGGCGAUCAAUGACGAUCAACAGCGAUGGCAACCGCGAGAUCACAUAGUUUCCUACGUGCAAGACACGAGCUCGAGUCCUUAUAAUCAACAGAAUAUACCUGUAAUGCAAGGACGCCACGACGACCACAAGAUGUUCCAAUAUGCAGCUGCUCCAUCUCAACAUUACCAUCAAAUGCAGCAAUACUAUCUAAAUAGACAGAAUUUAAUCGGCCAUAAUGGUGGCCAGGGCGAUGUUGUGAGCGUGCAACGACCGAAUGCACCGGAUGCGGUGAGAAUCGAUCGCGCCGGCGGUGAUACCGGUGAAAAAUCGAAUGUCGAAGGGCCGACGAAGCGCGUAGAUAUGCAAACGAUACAGCGAACGAAUAUUUAUAGUCAACCGGAAAUCCGCGAGACAAGGACCAUCGGAGGUAUCACGUACCUCGCUAGGAAGCCCGAAUACGCCCCUAACAAUCUCGUCAUAUCGCCAGAUAAAUUAAUCGCGAGCAGACACUUGCAACCCCCAAGAAUAUUUUAA